AUGGCUGACUUCUCGUCUCUUUUGUUCUUUUUAGUCGGAAUCGCCUUCUCUCAAGCAAGUGUAAUCGACCUUACGAACGAAAAUUUUGACUCGGUAUGUAUUUUCUAGGAUGUUAUCGUUUGAGAAGUGGACGCAAUUACUUAUGCACAAUCUGAGAGAGCGGUGUCAAACAAUGAUUGGACGAAAGUAUUGAGUCUGAAAACUACAAAGUGACCAAGAUUUUUUCGCAAAAAUCAACGAAGUUGAUCCUAUUGAUUUUCUUAAGUUUACAAUUUGAUCGAGAAGCUUCACUCCCAAUGACUGUUUUAAUAAAACUUUGUUGCCCCAAUCGAUAAACUAAAAAUUUUUGACACGUGGUCAACUGCAGACAUAUCAUUCUGGUGUACAAAAUGCUAAGAUGUUGAUGUACUUUUAUCACCCUAACCAUUUCUUGUUAUUCUUCUUUUUUCAGAUUGUAAAUGGCGAUAAAUUUGCAUUUGUUGAAUUUUACGCACCCUGUGAGUAGAACACCAAAUGAAUUUGGUAAAGUACACAAUUGAACUUAAACCAAGAUAGGAAAAUUAUCCUUUUAGGAAAAAGAAAUUAACUCUGAUUAGUAAGCAUCCGAACUAGGUGAAUAAAUCUUCUAAUGACAGACCUGCCAACCCAAGGUUUUUUCUCUUUUUUUCCCUUUUGAUUUAUCUUUCCUUAUUGUUUCACAACUAGACUUUUUAAAGUUACCACUCAAUCAUGUUUGGAAAAAAAAGAGGGGAAAAUACGAGUUCUAGAUAUUGAGAUGAAUAAAAUAGCAUUUGGAAAUUAUUGAAAAAUAGUGAAGGGAAUUGAAAAGGAAAUCCCAGGGGGUAUGAACACAAGAGAAGCCUUUGUAUUUCUUAUGCCGCACCAUAGACACACAAUGGUGACAGGUUGACUAAUAGUUAGUGGCUCUUACAUAGGAUUAACUCUGUUAAUAGUUUAGAUGGAGCUGAUUCAGUUGCUAGAUCAAUACUAAAAUUUUCAAUAGACACAGGGUUCUUUUACUGGUUUUUGGUGUCAUUGUUGCCUUUGUUCUAUAGCUGGUCAUGUCAUUACACCCCUCUUUAAGCACACUCUGCAGUGACCAAUAAAAAAGUUCUAUUGAUUUAUUCAGUCACCAUGUUUGAUCUUGGAAAUAGAAUAUUAUGAAUUUUCAGUGAGCUUCCAAUCUAAACUGCAACACUAUUAACUUCAUCUUUCCUAACUUGUAUCUGGUGGUUUUGCCUUAUUGCAAGCCCUUCCUUUUACCACUUUUGGGAUUUGCUCUUUGCAGUACAACAAAUUGGGCUCCAGUUAAUUACCAGCUCUCCCAAAAUCUUUCAACUAGUUUCCUUACAGCAGACCUUUUUUAUUGAAAUUGUAAUAAAUUUCAAUCUACAUGAAACUUCACAGCAAGACCAUAACACAAGCCGUGCUGAUGCACAACUUCUCCAGGAGCAAUUUAAAGCUGCUACAUUACUCCAAACUUUAUCUAACUGGUUUGACACAACUUUAUACUAAUGUUUGGAGCAAAUUUAAAAAAAAACUAACUAAAGCUAAAACAGCCUCUUUAGGAGUCAACAUAUAUUCUAUAGUAAUGACCAAGUUAUCUGUUUUGUAGUUUUAUUUGUACUUGUUCUUGCAUAACCCUAUAACUCCCACAAGUAACCAAGAUAGAAUUUCUCCUAAUGUUAUCAAUACAAUAUCAAGCAGACAAGUAAUGAAACAAAGAAAAUUUCAAUCAGGGACUUGUUAGUUGAUCCAAUACCAAAUUCUCUGAACUAACAUGAUAAGAUCUGUGUGGUAGAAAGUAAGGAGAAUUACUAAUGAGAUCUUGGGAGUGAGAGUUAAAUGGGUUAGCCAAGAUGAGGACCAAACCUCUUUGAUGAGAGCAAAGUGUACUAGUUGUUAUGUCACCUUGUCUUCAAUGUCUUGCAUCAAGAAACAUUAAUUUGAUGGGGUGUUUGAUGUAUUCUAAGGGUGUGGUCAUUGCAAAGCUCUUGCACCAACAUACGAGAAGCUAGGAGAAGCUUUUGCUAAAGCUGAUGAUGUCGUUAUUGCCAAAGUGGAUGCCGAUGCAGACAAAACUCUUGGUUCCAGAUUUGGAGUUAGCGGUUUUCCUACCCUUAAGUACUUUCCAAAAGGAAGCACAAGUGCUGAGGAGUAAGAAAUGAUUUUUUUUACUAAGACCUCUUGCUUUUUGUAAUCUGGUUGCAGAACUUCAAGUUGUAACUGUUUUUGUUGUUCUUCUAGUAGUAAGCUGUAGCCAGUGAGGUGUUUAUUAGAUUCUGUUGAGAGACAAAUAUUCGUAUAGACCACUAUCAAUGCUCUGUUGUUUUCUCUGACAAAAAUCUCUUGUUUCUCUUUGGUUUCUCAAGUAUCUUACCUCAAGAUGUUAAUUUAACCUCCAACCAAAAUUUUUUACUGGCAACAUAAAUUUUAUAUCUUGCAACCAUGGUGUGAUUCCAGGUCACCAAUUACUAACUUUGAAAAGAUUCAAGAUUGGAGGAUUGUUUUGUGCAUAUUUAACAUUGUUGUGUGCAUUAGUGAGUUAAUAAUUUACAUUUGUAUUUCUUCUGCAUCGCAGCUAUUCAGGUGGGAGGGAUAUUAAAGAUCUUGUGUCAUUUAUUGAGGGUAAAAGUGGUAAGUAACAUGAUAUUUUCUUGUUGUGAAAUUUUAGCCAAUUUCAAUUGAAUAUUUUAGUUCUAAGCACCAUAGGAGGAAAGAAUUGUAUGGCAGAUAUUAAGGAGAAUUACUGAUGAGAUCUUGUGUAGGAAAGGGUUAAACCCAAAGAGUGACCAGCAUUUAAGUUCUCCACACAGUUAUACUGAUAAAUCUUUCCUGGAGGUCAUGAGGGUAAAACAAACAAAGGCCAACUUACCAAGCUUUGAUUUUAAAUGAAUUCUCCUUGUCAGUACCAAAAGACAUUUAUAGAGAGGAGCAUGGAGAAUAUUGAUACCAAUCUUAAGGUGCAAAGGGUUAAAAGGAUAGCUGUAGAUAUGUUUUGUAAAUUUCACUUAAUCAAAUAAGUCAAGUUGCAUUAUUUAGAGAGAAAAUGCAAUUUGGGACACUUGGGUGCGGUCAUUAUGCAAUUAACUUGAGUUUGUUAGGUUUUUUAAUUUACUACAUUGUUUCUUUUUUCAUUUAAUAUAUAUCAUUUAUCAAUUUCUCAGGUGCCAGAGCCAGUAAGGCUAUCUUCAAGGAAAAUGUUAUACAACUGGAUUCUUCCAACUUUGACUCAGUGGCAUUGGACAAGACAAAAGAUGUUUUGGUCGAGUUCUAUGCCCCAUGUAAGAAUUUUUAUUGUAAUUAUUAUACUCCAAACUUUGUCAUACAGUGUUGAAAUUUUUCUGCAUGUUUUCUUGUUUUCCAGGGUGUGGCCAUUGUAAAAACCUUGCCCCUGUGUAUGAGAAAGUGGGACUUGCAUUCAAGAAUGAACUAAAUGUAAGUUGUUAUAGUGCAAGACAUUUUUUUGUUGUGUAAAGCAUAUCUUAUGUUCUUGUUGUUGUUAUUUUGUUUUGUGCCACUCCCAUUUCUCAGUAGAAUUUGAUGAGAUUGUCUUGGUUAACCAUUAAUUGUAGAUCAUACCACUUAUUUUUAGGCAGCACUGCAGACAAUCCAAUUUGACAUCUCCUUCAUGAAGCCCUUUAAAUUAGGAAGGUGAUCUCAGAUGAUAGGAGUUGAUAGAAUUGUUCAGUUUAGCAAUGCAAACUAUAUAAAAUGUUGCAAAUUCUCAGACACUGUACCUCUUUUAGUGUGAAGACUAGAGCCUUGAGAUUGACGUAUUACUCUUCAAAAUGAAACAGAUGAACCUAGCCUGCUAAUAGUUAACUUUCAUGCAAACAAGACAUGUCCUUUUGGACUGAUUGCUCAUUUGUUUAUUUCAUAAUUUAGUAUACUUUGUGUAUUUCCAGUGUGUUGUAGCCAAAGUUGAUGCUGAUGGAGAAAGGACUUUGGGUGAAAGGUGAGCUUUUGAAGGGCAAAAUGUCAUGAUGUUGUCAUGUCUAACUAUGAUCAUGAACUAAAGAUAAUGAGUGAAAAAAGUGGGUUAGUUUGUGUAGAAACUUUGGUGCUGUCAGUUAUACAGGAUAAUUUGGUUUUAUCAACUGAGUUGAUAAUUUAUAGUGACCACUGUAGAGAGUUCUUAAGCUGGUGUUUUGAGCGUUAGCCCUUUGUCAGAGGGAAGGGCUCUGACAGAGGGCUAACACUUAAAGGGCCUUAUGGUAACACUUGUUAGCUCAGUUGGUAGAGCACUGCACUGGUAUUGCAGAGGUCAUGGGUUCAAAUCCUGUACAGGCCUGAAUUUUUUUCAGGCCUUAUUUUCACUACUGCUUUAGUAAUGUUCACUACUGCUUAAGUAGUGUUCAUUACUGCGAAGAUUGCUUUCAUAUUCAUGUCUUUAACCGCAGUUCAAUUAUAUGACUUUCAUAUAUUCACAGCCAUUUAUUCACCACUUCACGGGUUUAUUUGGAACCAACACAGUGAUCAUUACUGUGAAGAUCGCUUUUAUAUUCACUUUAUCCUUUCUUUCAGGUACGGUGUGAGUGGCUUCCCAACUAUUAAAUUCUUCCCCAGAGACAGUGAGGAAGCAGAAGAGGUAAGUUGUAUCACAUAUAGUUCUCUCCUAUAAACUGUUUUGUGGUGUAUGAGAUUUUUAGGUAUAUUGAUGUACCAAAAGUAGUUGUCCUCUCUAGAGAAGCAUGAUUAAAAAUGCUCAAAAUUUCACUGAAAAAUUAAAAACAUAAAAGGAAACUUACUUAUUAAAAUCUUUUUUAAGGAUACAUAAGGGAGAUUUCUGUGAUUGUCCACUUGAACCUAACAUCAGUAUGCAAGUUCUCCCUGCAGUUCUCUAAAUAUUUCAUAGUACUUUCAAGGAGAUAUUAGCUGCUUAAUCACUCCUACAGGGUUAAAGUGUUAAUGCAGGUUUCAGAGACUGUUUAUUUCAUCUACCUCUUAUGCUUUUUCGAUUUGAGCUGUGCUAAAUUUGAGGGCUAGGUUUCUAAUUGUUUUGUUUUGGCUUUUAUUUCAGUACAGUGGAGGCCGUAGUGAACAAGAUUUCAUAGACUUUCUGAAUGAAAAGUGCAAAACCAAAAGAAAAUCUGGUGGAGGAAUUAGUGAUGAUGUAAUAUACUGCUUAUACUUAGUAGCCUUAAGAUAUUAUAAUCAUUUUAGCAAAAUUUUGAUUUAGCAAUUUUUGAGAAAUUGUAACUUAUUUAGCAAAUUAUUUAGAAAUCAGGGGCUAAAACAGAGGAUUAUGUUAAAAUUGUACUUAAGAUGAUUAUUUAAAUUGAGUUUUUGUUUCAUAGUAUUUUACUCAAGGUUAAAAACCAAGUCUUUUAUAUUAAAUGACUUUUUUGUUGUUUAAAACUCAUCUUGUGAAUCAGUGAAAUAUUCUAGAAGGCCUUGGUUCUAAUUUUGCUCUAAUGUAAUGUUGCCUGAUGUAAUUCUGGGUUAACGUUUAUCACUGAUUAAAUGGAAAGGAAAACUGUGCAUCUUUUGUUUUUCUGCAGGCUGGAAGGAUUGACAAAUUUGAUGAGUUUGCCAAGGAUUUCAUGAGCAAUUUGGUAAAAAUUGACUUUGAUUGAAAGGAACGAAAAUGAAACCUUUUGCUUCAUGGACUUUCUGUGACUUGUUCACACAAUGUGUUUUUUCCUUCUGUUAAGGAUAAACGUGAUUCAAUCUUGGAGGAGGCCAAGUCCCUCAUUGAUGCACAAGAGAAUCCUAAGUAAGUGUAAGAUAAGCUAGACUACAACUGAAAUGUAUUCCUUUAACUCUUCACACCCUUACAUCAGAAUCCAUACUCCCCAUACUGCUCUCUCUACACUUUCAAAGGUGCUGAUAAGGAGAAUUUGUUUAACAAUCCAGAGCUUCUUUAGUUGGUGAUCAUUUCCUUUAUUCUUGCAACCUUAAUGUUUGAUUCAGGGGUGAUAUUGUAAAGAGAAAUUAGAUGCUAGUCAUUCUUAGGGGUUAAAGGGUAAAAUUGACCAGCUAGUCACGCAACCAAAUAAAUACUGACUGUUGGCAACCAGAAUGUUACAGUUACAGCUAUUAGUAUGGGACUAACUUAAUGUCUUAUCAGUGUUCUUCAUUUUCUUCAAGGGACAGAACCUUGAUCAAUAUUCUUUUUUGCCCUUCUGUAUAAAAAACUGGUGAUCAUUUAUGAGAAGGAAUAUGUUUGAGCCAAAGAACAAUCUUAAAUACUUUGCAUUUUGUAUUUUACUAAGCACUCCCUUUUGGCACAUAAGUUGUUCCCCCUGGUGGCUGAAACAAGUAUGUUUAAUUAACACAUGGGACCUGCAUUUAAAAGUUAAUUUGGGCUCUGGUUAUCAAUUUCUUGUCUUUUAAAGAGAGAAGCUGUGACUUUUAUUCACUGGCCUUGAAUAUGUAAUCAACACAAAAGUAUAGAAAACCCAAAUCCUUUAGGUUCAAUUAACAUUGAUUUUAACCAGAAGCAAAUAACCUUCUGUUAUAUGCUUCUGUUAUAACAAAGUAAUAAGCUAACCAGUUUUGAUGUUAGACAACAUUUGACAUUUGCUUAUUUUACAUUACCUUGCGCAGGGAUGCAACCUAUUACACUAAGGUUAUGGAGAGGGUGCAGAGCAAAGGAGAUGACUUCAUCACUUCUGAAAUAGAACGCUUGAACCGUCUACUUGGUAAGAUUUCACUACAUUUGAAUCUGCAUAAGUUACAUCUUAAACACUUCUUGGUUAACUUGGUUGCAAAAAAAUUCUUACUGAUAUUCGUGUUUAUUUCAUUUUUAUGUUUCAGAGGGGGCCAUUAGUGCCAAAAAGAAUGAUGAGUUUAGUGUGCGCCGCAACAUCUUAAAACAGUUCAAGGUUGACACUGGUAAAACAGAGCUUUAGAGAGCUCUUUUGCAUGAUUUUUGAUGCCAUCUAAAAUUUGUUUGCACAAGCUAUAUUCCUGGCUUGAAUGAAUGCUUCACACAAUAACUAGGUUCUAAUAUAUCAUUUUGGUUAUGGCCAUGUCAAAGCAGAGAUGUUUCCAGAAUGGCUGGAAAAGCUUUUAAUGAUUAGUUUUUGUACUGUUUUUUCUGGUGUGUGCGUGAUAGAAAUUCUUUGUAUAUUCAUGUCAUAUUCUGUUUUUCACCAAUUUCUUAAUAUUGACUUCAGUACUGUUUUUUUGGUUGUUUGCAAUGGACUUGCUAUUAAAGAACUUUACAUUAUGUUUUUAUUUGUUGUUGUGUAAUUGAGUUAUAUCCUUUCAAGGUAGCAAGCACAUUAUUUUAAUGGUUAACUAAACAUCCUUCAGUUAAAUUUUUAUGUUUUUUUUAAAUGACUAGUAUCACAGGUUUAUUUGGUACAUUAACCCUUUACACCAUAACAUCAAUAUGCAUAUUCUCCUUGCUGUUCUUUAUACAACUCCAAAGGUGCUGACAAGGAGAAUUUGUUUGCCAAUCUAAAGGUUCCUUCCCUGAUGAUCAUUUCCUAUAUUCUCAUGACCUUAAUGUGUGAUUCAGGAGUGAUAUUGUAGGGAGAAAUUAGAUGCUAGUCACUCUUUUAUUCUCAUAACCUUAACAUGUGAUUUAGGGGGGAUACUUUAGGGAGAAAUUUGAUAAUAGUCACUCUUAAGGUUUAAAGGUUAAGUAGUGAUAAAAUGACUCAGAGGCCAUAUUUCUUUAAAAUUUUAUUUAAAAGUGAUAUUUUAAUAUACAUAU